AACUCAGGAACGCUUACGCUAAAUCUACAGCGUCAACUCCCUCCCUUCUUCCACAACCCUCAAACAGAGCAGAAGUGAACUGAAGCCGGUCCUGGUUCUUGCUGUUGGUCAUUCAAAUGGAUAGAAGAACCCAAAAAUCAAAGAACCCAGAAUCAGGAAAAGAAGAAAACAAUGAAAAGAAGAAGGAAAAGGGAAUGCAAAUAGAAGGGUACCAGGUGGAAGGGUUGUCAAUAGGAGGGCAUGAAACAUGCAUUAUUUUCCCUUCUCUUAACUUAGCAUUUGAUAUCGGUAAAUGCCCACAACGUGCCCUUUCUCAAGAUUUUCUCCUUAUCUCUCAUGGCCAUAUGGAUCACAUUGGUGGCCUGCCGAUGUAUGUAGCAACACGGGGUUUAUAUGGCAUGAAGCCCCCAACAAUUAUUGUACCCACUGCUAUAAAAGAAGAUGUCGAGAAACUCUUUGAGGUGCAUAGAAAGAUGGAUCAUUCAGAGCUAAAGCAUAAUUUAAUAGGCUUAGAUGUGGGAGAAGAAUUUUUCUUGAGAAGGGACCUGAAAGUAAGAGCUUUUAGGACUUACCAUGUCAUACCAAGCCAGGGUUAUGUGGUUUACUCUGUAAAACAAAAACUUAAACAGGAGUACUUUGGCCUUUCUGGAAAUGAGAUCAAGAACUUGAAGUCAUCAGGUGUGGAGAUUACUUACACUACUACAGCACCAGAAGUUGCUUUUACUGGAGAUACAACGUCUGACUUUAUAGUUGACAAAACUAAUAUUGAUGUGUUGAGGGCUAGGAUUCUUGUUGUUGAGAGCACAUUCAUAGAUAACUCUGUAUCAGUUGAGCAUGCAAGAGAUUACGGACACAUUCAUCUUUCUGAGAUAAUUAAUUAUGCUGACAAGUUUGAAAACAAAGCAAUUCUUUUGAUUCACUUUUCAGCUCGGUAUGCUUUAGAGAAAAUCGAGGAAGCAGUUUCUGCGCUGCCUUCGCCUCUAGCUGGCCGAGUUUUUGCACUUACAGAAGGUAUCUAAAGAAGUGGAGGUUAGAAUUAGAUCUCUAUUUUGAUCUUGUAUUUCUGUUGUUGUGUGAGUGAAUCUAUGUGCUUCAUUGUUGUCUGUCUUGUUGUGGUGAAGUAGUUGAAUAUCUUCAGAAUUCGCAUUAUAGAUUCUAUUAGGAAGACGUUAUAGAACUUUGUAGUGUAUAAUUGUGCUUAUUCAAAUUUGGUGAUAUGGUUUAGGCACAGUUGCAUAUGACUGGGGCUAAUGCAAUAAUGCAUUCUCGGUU